UGUGGUCACACUAGUUUCGACUCGCGGCAAAAUAAACUAAACAAAAUGUAGUCUUCUUAAAAAAUAUGGGCUCCAAACGUAAACUUACAUUCCUUUUGGAGGACGACGAUCAGCAGGAGAACAGCCCAGAUGGCGCUGGUCCAAGGAUCAAGCAGCACUUUACGCCAAACGACAUUAACACCCCAAGUGCCAAGGAAAAAAGAAUUUUGGCGGUGUCCACAUCGAGUCAUCAGAAGAACACUCCCUCCAGGUUCCAGGCAAUGUGGCAGACGCUUAACAAGUCCGGCAUGAGCAGCAGUCAACCGGACUCUCCCGGAAACACAAGUUUCUCAUCAUGUUCCCAGCUACUGAACACCAGUUGGCCGGGAAUGGGCCGAAGAGCAAAGCCAUUGCCCCUCGCGGUCCAAAAUUCAUCAAGAACUCCUCCAUCAGUUUCAUAUAAAAGACGUGAGGCAAACUCUUUAUUCCAGUCUACUUGGAAAUCAUUAAUGACCCAAAGCGCUUCUUGCAACGUUUCGUCAGAGGAUUGCUUCAUUGACUCUGAUCCAUCUACUCCUCAACGACUGGCAACGUCCCCAUUUCAAACUUCUUGGAAAUCGUUAAGCCAAAGCUCACUGAACAAAUCUAACUGCCCUGGCUUGACUGAAGAUAGUAACAUUGAAUCUUCUCCAGCUAUUCAACUUGUGUAUAAUGAAAGUCCACGGCAGUACUUGCCAAAAAGCAAGAAUAAAUAUAAUUCUAAAUCAAACCUGCGCUUUGUUAGAGGAGGCUAUGCCGAGGAAUUCCAGAAAGUCUUAAAAAAAGUGCGAAUGGAUCAGCGUCAAUGGAAAAACCAUGCAGCCACCCACACAGUUCAAGUUUUGUCUAUUAGAAACGAAUAUGGUGUUACCAUGGCCCUAGUGGCUCCUGAAAAUGGGUCGAGCUUCAGCAUUGUUCCUCCAAAAGGAGAAAGAACACUACUUACAGUUGGCUCCAAACUACAAUUUUAUCUGGAUCCAAAGAUAAAGCCGCUGGAGUUAAAUAACCAACUAUUGGUCUAUUGUCGCCCAUACAAUAUUGUAUUAAAAGGAUAAAAUACAUGAGCGAAUAUUCUAUAUUUGCAGUAUACGAGUAUAAUAGUAUAUUUAAGGACGGCAUUGUAUAAGUCAUUAAAGCCAUAUAAGUAUGUACCAUA